CCUGGCGCUCAUGCGGGCCGAGCCCCGCCCCCCGGCCCCGAGCCCGCCGAGCGCCGCUGCUUGAGCCCGCUCCCGCCCGCCCGCACCAUGCUCAAGUGCAUCCCUCUGUGGCGUUGCAACCGGCACGUGGAGUCGGUGGACAAGCGGCACUGCUCGCUGCAGGCCGUGCCGGAGGAGAUCUACCGUUACAGCCGAAGCCUGGAGGAGCUGCUGCUCGACGCCAACCAGCUGCGCGAGUUGCCCAAGCCCUUCUUCCGGCUGCUGAACCUGCGGAAGCUGGGCCUGAGCGACAACGAGAUCCAGCGGUUGCCUCCUGAGGUGGCUAAUUUCAUGCAGCUGGUGGAGCUGGACGUGUCCCGGAAUGACAUCCCUGAGAUACCCGAGAGCAUCAAGUUCUGCAAGGCUCUGGAGAUCGCGGACUUCAGCGGCAAUCCCCUGUCCAGGCUCCCUGAUGGCUUCACUCAGCUACGCAGCUUGGCUCACCUGGCCCUGAAUGAUGUGUCCCUGCAGGCGCUGCCUGGGGAUGUGGGCAACCUUGCCAACCUGGUGACCCUGGAGCUCCGGGAGAACCUGCUCAAGUCCUUGCCUGCGUCCUUGUCGUUUCUGGUCAAGCUGGAACAGCUGGAUCUGGGAGGCAACGAUCUGGAAGUGCUGCCUGACACUCUGGGGGCUCUGCCCAACCUCCGGGAGCUGUGGCUGGACCGGAACCAGCUGUCAGCACUGCCUCCGGAGCUUGGGAACCUGCGGCGCCUGGUAUGCCUGGAUGUGUCUGAAAACCGGCUGGAAGAGUUGCCUGCAGAACUUGGCGGGCUGGUGCUUCUCACUGACCUACUGCUCUCCCAGAAUCUGCUGCAGCGGCUACCUGAUGGCAUUGGUCAGCUGAAACAGCUGUCUAUCCUGAAGGUGGACCAGAAUCGGCUGUGCGAGGUGCCUGAGGCCAUUGGGGACUGUGAGAACCUCUCUGAGCUGAUCCUCACAGAGAACCUGCUCACGGCCCUACCCCGCUCUCUGGGGAAGCUGACGAAGCUCACCAACCUCAAUGUGGACCGGAACCACCUGGAGGUGUUGCCACCCGAGAUUGGAGGCUGCGCGGCGCUCAGUGUGCUCUCUUUGAGGGACAACCGCCUGGCCAUCCUGCCACCCGAGCUGGCCCACACAGCUGAGCUGCACGUGUUAGAUGUGGCUGGGAACCGGCUGAGGAGUCUGCCGUUUGCACUCACCCACCUCAACCUCAAGGCGCUGUGGUUGGCGGAGAACCAGGCACAGCCCAUGCUCCGAUUCCAGACUGAGGACGACGCCCAGACGGGCGAGAAGGUGCUCACCUGCUACCUGCUGCCCCAGCAGCCCCUGCCCAGCCUCGAGGACCCUGGGCAGCAGGGGAGCCCCUCCGACAGCUGGAGCGACGCCCCUCUGAGCCGUGUCAGUGUCAUCCAGUUCCUUGAAGCCCCCACAGCCGAUGACGACGCUGAGGAGGCUGCUGCCGAGAAGCGGGGCCUGCAGCGCCGGGCCACGCCUCACCCCAGCGAGCUCAAAGUGAUGAAGAGGAGCGUUGAGGGCCGUCGGAGCGAGGCCUGCCCCGGCAAGCCAGAGCCCAGGCCGCCCUCGCCCCCAGAGGAGGGGAAGAGGCUGAGCACCGAGUCUGGCCUGAGUGGAGACUCUCAACCGUCUGCCAGCACAGCCUCCACAGGCGAGCCCAUGGGUCCAGCAACUGAGACACCAGAGCUGAGCCAGCAGGAGGCCACGCUGGCUGGACAGGAGGAAGGCACAGAGGAAGACUACGAGGAGCCCACAGUGCACUUCGCAGAGGACACACUCCUGCCUGGGGAAGACAGGGAGAACGAGGAGGGGCGACUCGAGGCCCCCUGGGCCCUGCCAGGUGGGAGGCAGCGGCUCAUCCGUAAGGACACACCCCACUACAAAAAGCACUUCAAGAUCUCCAAGCUUCCCCAGCCCGAGGCGGUUGUGGCCCUGCUGCAGGGGAAGCAGCCUGAUGGAGAGGGCCCUGCAGUACCUGGAGGCUGGCACAACGGCCCCCACACAUCCUGGGCUCCUCAGGCCCAGGAGGAAGAAGAGGAGGAGGAGGAAGAGGACAGGGCUGAGGAAGAAGAGGAGGAGGACCAGGUCGAAGAGGAGGGCGAGGCCACCACUGAGGAGGAGGACAAGGAAGAGGCCGUGGCCUCCGCACCCUCUGUCAAGGGGGUGUCGUUUGACCAGGCCAAUAACCUGCUGAUAGAGCCUGCUCGCAUUGAGGAGGAAGAGCUGAACCUCACCAUCGUGCGGCAGACCGGGGGCCUGGGCAUCAGCAUCGCAGGGGGCAGGGGCUCCACACCCUACAAGGGGGACGAUGAGGGCAUAUUCAUCUCUCGGGUGUCUGAGGAAGGCCCUGCAGCCCGCGCUGGAGUCCGAGUGGGUGACAAGCUCCUCGAGGUGAAUGGUGUGGCCUUGCAGGAUGCCGAGCACCACGAGGCUGUAGAGGCACUCCGGGGGGCUGGCGCUGCUGUACAGAUGCGCGUGUGGCGGGAGCGCAUGGUAGAGCCUGAGAAUGCAGUCACCAUCACGCCUCUGCGGCCUGAGGAUGACUACAGCCCCCGAGAGCGGCGAGGAGGGGGCCUACGCCUGCCCCUGCUCCACCCGGAGACCCCUGGGCCCCCCCGCCAGCGCCAUGUGGCCUGUCUCGUGCGUAGUGAGAAGGGGUUGGGCUUCAGCAUCGCCGGCGGGAAAGGCUCCACACCCUAUCGGGCUGGUGAUGCGGGCAUCUUCAUCUCCCGCAUCGCAGAGGGGGGCGCUGCACACCGGGCUGGCACGCUGCAGGUUGGCGACCGCGUCCUCUCGAUCAACGGAGUGGACGUGACCGAGGCCCGACAUGACCACGCUGUCUCUCUGCUGACUGCUGCCUCCCCCACCAUCGCCCUGCUGCUGGAGCGUGAGAACGGAGGACCCCUUCCCCCCAGCCCCACACCACAUUCCUCCCCGUCCCCUACUGCUGCUGUCACCACCACCCCUGGGGAGCCUGGGUUGCCACGGCUGGCCCCCAGCCUGCUGGCCACUGCACUGGAGGGGCCAUACCCAGUGGAGGAGGUCUGUCUGCCAAGAGCUGGGGGCCCACUGGGGCUUAGCAUUGUCGGGGGCUCUGACCACUCUAGCCACCCGUUUGGCAUCCAGGAGCCUGGUGUGUUCAUCUCCAAGGUGCUCCCGCGGGGUCUUGCUGCUCGCAGUGGCCUGCGGGUUGGGGACCGCAUCCUGGCAGUGAAUGGGCAGGACGUACGGGAGGCCACACAUCAAGAGGCAGUCAGCGCCCUGCUUCGGCCCUGCCUAGAGCUGUCUCUGCUUGUGCGGAGAGACCCGCCACCCCCGGGCAUGCGGGAACUGUGCAUCCAGAAGGCCCCAGGGGAGAAGCUGGGCAUCAGCAUUCGUGGAGGUGCCAAGGGCCACGCAGGGAACCCCUGCGACCCCACGGAUGAAGGCAUCUUCAUCUCCAAGGUGAGCCCCACAGGGGCAGCAGGGCGUGAUGGCCGGCUGCGUGUGGGGCUACGGCUACUGGAGGUGAACCAGCAGAGCCUGCUGGGCCUGACGCAUGGGGAGGCCGUGCAGCUGCUGCGCAGCGUGGGGGACACCCUUACUGUGCUGGUCUGUGAUGGCUUCGACACCAGCACCACCACAGCCCUAGAGGUAUCCCCAGGCGUCAUUGCCAACCCCUUUGCGGCAGGCAUCGGCCACCGGAAUAGCCUGGAAAGCAUCUCGUCCAUUGACCGGGAACUGAGCCCCGAGGGCCCGGGCAAGGAGAAGGAGCUGCCUGGACAGAGCCUGCACUGGGGGCCGGAGGCCACAGAGGCUGCAGGCCAGAGUCUGGAGCCCCUGAAGCUGGACUACCGUGCCCUGGCCGCCGUGCCCAGCACUGGCAGCAUGCAAAGGGUGCCAUCUGGGACAGCUGGAGGGAAGAUGGCUGAGGCCCCCUGUUCCCCCAGUGGCCAGCAGACAAAACCGGGGGUGAUCCAGCCAUUGGCUCAGGCCUGGCCAAGGGGCUCCCCGGCCCCCAGGGGCAGAGGUGGUCCCCACUGCCCGCCUUCCCCACCAUCCUUGGAUGAGCUACCCACCAACGUGAAGCAGGCCUACAGGGCCUUCGCUGCUGUGCCCGCCCCGCACCCUCCCCACGACACCUCUGCCCAGACCCCCACGCCUGGGCCCACGGCCUCCCCGGAGCAGCUAUCCUUCCGUGAGCGGCAGAAGUACUUUGAGCUGGAGGUGCGGGUGCCUCAGGCCGAAGGCCCCCCCAAGCGCGUGUCCCUGGUUGGUGCUGAUGACUUGCGGAAGAUGCAAGAGGAAGAAGCCCGCAAGCUGCAGCAGAAAAGAGCGCAGAUGCUGCGGGAGGUGGUGGCAGCUGGGCCAGAGGCGUGGCUGGCCGUGGACGGGGAGGCCCCAGACGAGGAGGAGCAGGAGGAUGGCCUGGCGCAGGACCCUGCCAGAGGGCACAGCCCGGUGUCCCCCCCACCCCUGGGAGGCAGCGUCCCAGUGCGGACAGCCAAAGCUGAGCGGCGCCACCAGGAGCGGCUACGUGUGCAGAGCCCCGAGCCACCGCUGCCUGAGCGGGCCCUGUCCCCUGCCGAGCGCCGUGCCCUGGAGGCGGAGAAGCGGGCGUUGUGGAGGGCGGCCAGGAUGAAGUCCUUGGAGCAGGAUGCCCUCCGGGCACAGAUGGUCCUGAGCAAGUCCCAGGAUGGCCGGAGCAAGCGGGGGCCCCUGGAGCGGCUGGCCGAGGCCCCUUCUCCUGCGCCCACCCCUUCACCCACCCCCUUAGAAGACCUUGGUCCCCAGACCAGCACCUCCCCUGGACGCCUGCCCUUGUCUGGAAAGAAGUUUGACUACAGGGCGUUUGCAGCCCUCCCUUCUUCCAGACCUAUCUGUGACAUCCAGUCACCGGACUUUGCUGAAGAGCUGAGGUCCCUGGAACCAUCUCCCAGCCCUGGCCUGCAGGAGGAGGAUGGAGAGGUGGCCCUGGUGCUUCUGGGAAGGCCCUCGCCCGGGGCAGUGGGCCCCGAAGACGUGAGGCUGUGCAGCAGCCGCCGCCCCAUGCGGCCAGGGCGCCGUGGCCUGGGACCUGUACCCUCCUAGAGGGGUGGGUACUUCCCCUGACUUGGGGUGGGGGCCCUGCCAGCUCUAACCCCACCCUUGCCCCGAGUCUUUUAACUUGGAUGUUAGCAUUUUAAAGAGCCCCCUCAAGAGUUCUGGCCUCUGACUAACUGCCCCUCCCCCCAGCCAGGAUCUCUUGGCGAGACUGUAACUAGUGAUGUUUGUACAACCAAAGACUCUAUUUUGUGGUUUAAGGAGAAUAAAGUUGACUACGUUUUA